AUUUGCAGCCUUUCAAUUUGCAGCAGCCAUGGGCGCGGCGUUCGCAGUGGCGCGGCUUCUUUGCGCCCUUGGCGUGGUUACAGCCCAGCGAUGUCCUGACUGCAGGGCCCCAAUGCCGGCGUCCAGCGUGAUGGAAAGACAUCUGUGGAGGGAGGUCCAGAACAUCCUGGAUCGAACCUACGAUUGGAGAUACAGUGGCUAUUGCAUAGGUCUCGCCGAGGAUCAGGUCGUGAAAGAUGCCCAGGCCAAAGUCGCUGAAAACGAGACCAUUCUGCAGGCGCACACCUAUGGCGAGGUCACACCCAACGGGGUGCGGCAACUGGCAGAGUUCAUGGGUUUGACCGUGGCAUCGCCGGACGCCGUGAGUUUUUUGGACUUGGGAAGUGGAGUGGGCAAGAUGGUUCUGCAGAUGUACUUGGAGGUGCCCAGGGUGACGCGAUCUUUGGGCGUUGAGCUGCACCCGACACGAGCACAGCGGGGUCAGGAGGCCCUGGCCAUGUUGAAGCAGCUGGGUGACGUUCGGGAUCUGCGGCGUCAGAUGCUGCAGGGCGCUGUGCUGGCGCGACGGCCUCAGGCCCCCUUCGCUGCCAAGCUGCUUCGCAACAACCAUCUGGGCUUCAUCGACUUGCUGGAAGCCGAUAUGUUCGACUUGGAUUUGUCGCAGUUCACCCACAUCUUCCUGGCCUCCCUGACCUGGGGUACUGCGAUGAUCAAUCGCUUGGCUGUGAAGCUGGUGACGGAGGCAUCGCGACUGCAGGUGGUCGCCGCCUUGGCGCGCUUCGAGGGGCUCCAAGGCUUUGAGGAAGAGGAACAGCAUUUCCAGACGUCAUGGACAACAAAGAGUCCUACCGGGUCCAGAUUGUUUGUCUACACGCGAUCUGGCUGACCAGCUAGGGC